GCGAGAAGAGGCCGCGACUGAGGAGAAGACACCGGGGUCGCCACCGGAGAGGAGUCGCCUGCCCAGGAGCUGCCGCCGGAGAGGCCCGCCCACCCGUUCGCCCGUCCCCUUGCCCCGUUUCACGAUGCAACCUGCUUCUGCAAAGUGGUACGAUCGGAGGGACUAUGUCUUCAUUGAGUUUUGUGUUGAAGACAGUAAAGAUGUUAAUGUAAAUUUUGAAAAAUCAAAACUUACAUUCAGUUGUCUUGGAGGAAGUGAUAAUUUUAAACAUUUAAAUGAAAUUGAUCUUUUUCACUGUAUUGAUCCAAAUGAUUCCAAGCAUAAAAGAACGGACAGAUCAAUUUUAUGUUGUUUACGAAAAGGAGAAUCUGGCCAGUCAUGGCCAAGGUUAACGAAAGAAAGGGCAAAGCUUAAUUGGCUUAGUGUGGACUUGAAUAAUUGGAAAGACUGGGAAGAUGAUUCUGACGAGGACAUGUCUAAUUUUGAUCGUUUCUCUGAGAUGAUGAACAACAUGGGUGGUGAUGAGGAUGUAGAUUUACCAGAAGUAGAUGGAGCAGAUGAUGAUUCACAAGACAGUGAUGAUGAAAAAAUGCCAGAUCUGGAGUAAGGGAUAUUGUCAUCACUGGAUUUUGAGAAAGAAAAAUAACUUCUCUGCAAGAUUUCAUAAUUGAGAGAAUUCCUGAGUUGAUAGCUCUAAAGGCAGAUGCUGUAUUUGCCUCCUUUAACCCAUUUUUCAACCUGUUUGUUUUUUUUAAGGCUUCACUAAGGGUUGAUAUGUACCAUUGUAUGGGGCAGUUUUAAGUCAGCUAAGGCAAUAACCUUGUGCAUGAACAUUUCCCAGAUUUCCAUGAUGCUGUUGAGGUCCUAGGCAAUUGACACAGCAGUUGUGAUAAAUAAAAAUCUCACCUAAGUCUCCUUUACUCAUAACUUAGGU